CGUCAUUGCGUCGCCGGUAGCUUCUUUUAAAGCGGUGCGAUUUUGUCAGGUUAAAUUUUAUUUGCUGUAAAACAACUCUGCUAGUAAUCAUGACGAACCAACUUUGUAAGCUGUUUGUCGGUGGAUUGAACGUCGAGACUACAGACGAUGGCCUUCGUCAACAUUUCGAGCAGUAUGGCCAGUUAACCGACUGCGUAGUGGUCCAGAACCAGCAGCUACAAAGAUCCCGCUGUUUCGGCUUUGUAACCUACUCAAGUGCGGAGGAGGCCGACGCAGCCAUGGCCGCCAGGCCACAUGUCGUCGAUGGGACCAACGUGGAAUUAAAAAGGGCCGUUGCUCGUGAAGAUGCCGGUAGACCAGAGGCACUCGCCAAAGUAAAGAAAAUAUUUAUCGGUGGGCUGAAAGACGACAUCGAAGACGAACAUCUGAAUGACUAUUUCUCUCAGUUCGGCGCAAUUGAGAAGGCCGAAGUCAUCAGCGACAAAGAGACUUUCAAAAAAAGGGGGUUCGGCUUUGUCUACUUCGAAGAUAAUGACUCUGCCGACAAAGCGGUGGUGCUGAAGUUCCACACCAUCAAUGGGCACAAAGUGGAGGUGAAGAAGGCCCUCACCAAACAAGAGAUGCAGUCAGCCGGUGGUCGUGGUGGCCGGGGAGGUAGAGGAAUGAGGGGGUCUCAAAAUGGCUACGACGGCGGAAGAGGUGGCGGCUACGGCAGCUAUGGCGGUGGCUAUGGAGGAAACGAUAGCGGCUACGGUGGAGGAUACGGCAACGGAGGUGGUUACGGUAACCAAGGGGGAUACGGAGGAGGUUAUGGUGAUCAAAUGGGGGGCAGUUAUGGUGGGAACGGUUACAAUGACUUUGGCGGAGAUUAUGGUCAGCAGUCUUCUGGUUAUGGUGCAAUGAAGGGGGGUAAUUAUUCAGGCAGGAGCGCUGCACCGUACUCCCGUGGAGGCGCCGGUGGCUAUGGCAGGGGUGGAUAUGGUGGUUAUUAGACACCGUUGACCUCUUAACCCCAAAAUUUGAAAUGUUCAGAAUUUCUGAUUCAAUGAACUGAAUUUACACACACGGGCCAGAGUGCCGUAUUUCUUUGUUGCUCCAAUUUAAAAGGACUCGCGCCCCUUACCCACCCUGAUUUAACCCCUAUCCUACUCCCUCCAUCUGGACUACACCAUUGUCCCUAGGCGGCGUUACUAAAGACAUGGACUUUUACCAGUUCAACUUUCUGACUUGUCAAUGUAGUUUCGUGAUUCUUUUAAACAUUUUUUUGUAUUAAAUUGUAGUUAACGUCCCUGCUUCAAGACUUUCCUAUGAUACUGUAUGUCAGGGGUGUCAAACUCAUUCCAUGGAGGGCCUAGUGUCUGCAGGUUUUUCCCUCCAUUCAAUUACGCCCUAGGCUUCAAAGUGUGGUGAGUUCUUCACUAAUUAGUGACCAUAAUUCAUCAAGUACAAGGGAGGAGUGAAAACACCAGACACUUGGCCCUCUGUGGAAUGAGUUUGACACCUGUGCUGUAUGUCCUUAGUACGAGCAAGGUUAAUAACAAGUCAAAUUGCUUUGCAACAUGAAACUCAGGGGUAUUAAUGGAGUUGAAAGCAGUCUUAGUGAAUGCUUGAGUGGUUUAAGAUCAUAUAAUAUUUUAAAGUAUUUUGAGGAAUUUAAAGAACUAUUAUGGUUGUUUUUAAUGGUUACCUCCUAAAACUUUCCUCUGUCCAAUAUGUGCUGUUUAAUACCUUGUAAAUCAAUGCAUUUUUGUGGAAUGUUACUAAAAUCCUGAAUUAGUUGACUCGAGCAUCACUCCUUUGCCUGUAUUAAAGUUUUUUUAAUGUCA